AUGCCUUCAAUCCGAAUAGCAAUCGUGGGAGCUGGCCCCGUGGGGCUGCUACUCGCCCGCUUGCUUCUUGACAAUCCAGGCGUUGAUGUCACUGUGUUUGAAUCAGACCAGUCACCAAGUGUCCGAGGGCAAGGUGGGAGUUUGGACUUGCAUCCGACUACCGGAAUCGCCGCCCUAAAGGAAGCCGGUCUUUAUGAAGAGUUCUUGAAACGGGUUCGCUUUGAUGGCGAAGCUUUGAUCAUCUGUGACAAGAACUUGAUCCCAUAUGUCAACCUACCGAGAGCCGAGGAGAACACAUCCCGUGGCCGUCCAGAGAUCGAUCGCUCAUCUCUCCGGGAGAUGCUUCUUCACUCUGUCCCCCCGGAGAUGAUCAGAUGGGGCUGGCACCUACGCUCCAUUGAUUCCCAGCACAGGGUGGUGUUUGAUCAAGGCACAGAGAGCGGGUUCGAUCUGAUUGUCGGCGCGGAUGGUGCGUGGAGCAAGACACGCCAACUGCUCUCGAGUCAAACGCCGAUAUAUUCUGGGAUCGCUGGUAUCUCCUUUACCAUUCCCGACGCUGAAGAGAGGGCCCCGAAGGGCUAUGAGAUGGUGAAUCGGGGAUCGGUGUUCGCGUACUCGGACGGAAAGGGGAUUACUGCGCAGCAGGCCGGAGACGGAAGCUUGGAUAUCUCUGCCUGGUACGUGCAGAGGGAGGAUUGGAGAGACCAUGCGGCACACGAUAUCAGUACGGCUCAAGGAGCAAGGACUCAAGUAGUCGAAAACUACCAAGACUGGGACUCACGACUGAUCGACUUCGUCCGCCAGGGGGAGAGGCCAGUAGCCCGCUCCUUGUACAUGCUGCCCGUUGGAUGGAAAUGGAAACAUUGCUCUGGGGUCACAUUGAUUGGGGACGCAGCACAUGUCAUGACACCAUUUGCUGGCGAAGGAGUUAACCUGGGAAUGCAAGAUGCACUCCUGCUAUCGCGGGCCAUCCUCAAGGCAUCCAAAUCUUCAGACCCAACUUUUCAGCUCCCGGCACAGAUCAAGACAUUCGAAGCCGAUCUUUUCGUCCGUGCAAGGAAGACUGCAGAAUUGACGCGAGAUAUGAUGCAGUGGUGGUUCUUCACCGAUGGCUCGCCUCGAUCGGUUGUGGAGAAGGUUGUUAUACGAAUAACAACGUUUCACCAGUCAGGUCCUCUUGCUUCUGCGGCAUUUCCAUUUUUUGCAGUGGGGGUAUACGCGUACUACUUUGGGUUCAAGUGGUUUCACUGA